GGAACACCUCCGAAGACUAUUUAAGAAUCCUACAGAAUGUCCCGACCAAGACAGCCGCUGCGUACAUGAGAGUGUCCAAUCCAGUAAACAGUUCAAAACUGAGCUUGUUCGAGAAGGGUAUUUGUAAAGACAUCCAGUGCAAGAGGGAAGAGCUGGUGAUACAGAAACAAGGCAUCUACUUGAUCUAUUGCCACUUGAACUUUCAUUUUCCCAACUGUUCAAACAGCCCAACCGACCUCAAGAUAGAGCUCCUUGUGAAUGACAAAGUCAACAGGCAAACAUUAUCCACAUGGUGCACAUCGGAAACGUGCCAAGAAAAGACUUUUAAGACCUUGUUCUAUCUACAUUUGACAUACCUGAAUGUGAAGGACCGAAUAUCAGUAACACUUAAUCAUCCUAAAUUCUUGAAUGAAAUUUCUCUUCCCAAUGAAAACGUUCUUGGGGUCUUGAGGUACAGUGAUGAUAUGUGA